AUGGCCGAUCAACGCCCCAAGAGAUAUAGCCCUCCGGCCUCGAGGAUGUCUGCUUUGCCCAACUUCGGCAGCCUCUCGCCUAUAGGCCAAGCCAAUGGCACAAAAACCCUGAGUAUUUUCACAAGCCCCGACUCCCUUCCAGGUCUGUCGCCUACCAUGGAAAGACGUACCGACCACAGAAAUUCCGAGCCUUUAGAAACCCAGGCCAGAUGGAUGAUCCGCAUUCGACGUCUGCCGCGCAACUUUACCCACGAUGCACUCAGAAGCAUGCUCCUCUUCGCUACUGACCUCGAAGACACAAAGCUUUUAUCAUCAUCUGAGCACACCAGCUUGGAGGAUUCCAACUUCAGCAGCGCUCUCGCCAUCUUUUCCUCAGAGGCUGGUGCUAUGGAAGCAAAGAAGCACCUUCAUGGAAAGUCAAUGGAAAAGGGAGUUACAACCAUGAUCGUCGAACUUAUACCCAAUUCCCAACCUGCAUACAAUGGUUCGAGACGCAACACUGUCGACGGCACGGCACUACGACAACAGAACACAUCUGGUGGCUCAAACAGCACGACUCUCUCAGAAAAUCCUUUGAGUCGUCAGUCUUCUCGCUUUACCAAUAGCUUCCACCAGAAUCUCGGCUCCCAGGCCCAACAAAGCAUGAACUCGCAGAGCAUUACUUCGCCUUUGACAUCUCCCAUGAUUUCCACUGCACAUGCUUACGAAUUCCCUGCUCCCGACAGCAGCAACCGCCUCCAAGGACUCUUCUCUCCCCAGUCUCCAGUCGCAAACGCUUACAGUGAUCACAAUCGCAUCUCGGGAAAGUCUCUUAUCAAUGACGGCAACGACGACGAUGAGACUGGCGAGCUUCUGAAAGAUCCGGUUGGCUAUGCUCAAAACGGUCCUAAGCCCUCGUCUAGCUACAGUAGUUUUGUCCCUCAGUUUGGCAGCCUUUCUCUCGAAACCAGCGCCAGUACCACAAAUGGACACUCUUACCCUACUUAUGUGGGCUCUCCUUCUGCUUCGACUUACAGCUCUCCGCAAACUGUGCGCUCACCAACUUUGCCGACUCCUACUAGGGGCCCUGCUGGAGGUCCAAACGGGACUUACUCGAACAGAAACCUGAAGCACGAUUACCCUCCUGCCAAUCCUGCUGACCAGAACCCUCCUUGCAACACUUUGUACGUUGGAAACCUGCCACUAAACACUAGCGAGGACGAGCUGAAGUCUCUGUUCUCCAAGAGCAGAGGGUUCAAGCGACUUUGCUUCCGUACGAAACAGAACGGCCCCAUGUGUUUUGUCGAGUUCGAAGAUACUUCUUACGCAUCUCAUGCUCUUCACGAGUUGUAUGGCGUACAACUGCACAACAGCUACAAAGGAGGUAUUCGUGUCAGCUUCUCAAAGAACCCCCUGGGUGUCAGAAGCGACAACAGAAACCACGCUGCGAUGGGUUCUCAUCCAGGCCAAUCCGGAUUCAGCAAUGGUAUGGGUGCUCCUCCUGGGUUCACUACCGCAGCAGGUCCUCCUCCUGGUCUCAUGCCUCCUGGCGUUCACGGUCAGCAAUCUCACGCGCCACCACCCGUGCAGAACAACGCCGCUCGUGGUUACCCUCCUCAGUACAGAGGGAUCAACCCUCAGAGUUAUUCACAGCAAGGCACAAAUGGCUAUUCUCAGUCUCACCGCAACCUUUCAUCCGGCCAGUACACAUAUCCCCCGACUUUUGGCAGCAUGAACAGCUUCAUGGAUCAUUCUCUUAACGGCAACAUCUAUACCAACGGCAAUGGUCAAAACGCGCUCAACGGACACAAUGGACGAUGA